CGACGUGUUCCUGUCUUAGCCUUAGCCAGAUCGCCAGCACAUCACAUCCGCUCAGGCACUUGAGCCAGACUUCGCGACCACCAGCACCUUGCCCCACGCCCGCUCUGGACACCUUCCUGUGACUUUGACUAGUUAUCAUGGCUGUCCCUACUCAGUUGGCUUACCGUUCUGCAAAGGGCAUCGGGCUCUUCAACGCUGCGCCCGUCUACGAGGCGCUUCCGGGAUUCGUGCGCCCAGAGGGCAACCUUCGCUGCUGCGCCUACUCGCCAGACAGCAAGUAUUUCGCUUGGGCGACACCUGAACAGGUCUCAGUCAUUGACGCCUCGGUCGGCCACGUUGUCACUACGCUCCCCACACCCAACGUCUACGAGCUCGGCUUCUCCCCGCUCGGCACAUACCUCAUAACAUGGCAGCGUCCCUCCAAGGACGACGACGGCAAUGCGACAAAGAACCUCAGGGUCUGGAGGACGCUCUCCGACGAAGCCGAAGAUGACGGAUCGCGGGCAGUGAUCGGCGAAUACGUCCAGAAGAACCAGAACGGCUGGAACCUGCAGUACACCUCUGACGAGAAGUUCUGUGCCCGCGUUGUGACAAACGAGGUGCAGUUCUUCCAGUCAAACGAUCUGCGCAACCCCUGGAACAAGCUCCGUGUCGAGGGCGUGACAGAGAUGGCUUUGUCGCCCGGCAAGAACCAUUCAGUUGCUGUUUUUGUGCCGGAGCGCAAGGGCAUGCCCGCGGCCGUCAAGGUGUUUGCGGUGCCCCAGUUCAGUCAGCCAGUCUCGCAGAAGACGUUUUUCAAGGGUGACAAGGUUCAGCUGAAGUGGAACGAUCUUGGCACCAGCCUGAUUGUCCUGGCUCAGACCGAGGUGGACAAGACCAACAAGAGCUACUAUGGAGAGACCAACAUGUACAUCCUUAGCGCCAACGGCACAUUCGACUCGCGUAUUCAGUUGGACAAGGAGGGUCCCAUUCACGAUGUCUCGUGGUCGCCCAACUCGAAAGAGUUUGGUGUUACCUAUGGCUACAUGCCUGCGAAGACGACCAUUUUCAACCAACGCGCAGUGGCCCAGCACAGCUUUGACCUGGGCCCCCGCAACACCAUCAUUUUCAGCCCGCACGGCCGUUUUGUCAUUGUUGCUGGUUUUGGCAAUCUAGCUGGUGAUAUGGACAUUUACGAUCUAGAGAAGAACUUUGCCAAGGUCUGCCACGUCAAGACGUCCAACUGCACAUACUGCGAGUGGAGCCCGGACGGUCAGCAUAUCCUUACUGCAACCACUAGCCCGCGCCUGCGCGUGGACAACGGCAUCCGGAUCUACCAUGUCAGCGGCGGCCUGAUGUACAACGAAGACAUGGCGGAGCUCUACCACGUUGUUUGGCGACCUCAGCCAACGUCCAUGUACCCGCUGAAUGAUCCCUUGGUCACGAUACCCACGCCGCACCCGUCGGCCCUUGCAUAUCUUAGCACUCAGAAGACUCCGUCCAAGCCUGCCGGCGCCUACCGCCCUCCUGGUGCGCGUGGAACGGCUACCCCGCUGCACUUUAAGCGUGAGGACGAGGGAGGCGCAGCCUAUACCAACACCGGUGUCUCGUCGACCAAUGCUGGUUUCUCGAAUGGAUUCGGCAAGCCGCGUCGUCGUGAAAUCCCCGGCGCCGAUAGUGCUGACGCUCUGCCUCCAGGAGCAGCUCCUGGCGGGGGCGUCAGUCUCACUGGCGCUCAAGAUGGCGAGGGCGAGCUCUCCAAGGCAGCGCUGAAGAACAAGAAGAAGCGAGAAGCUAAAAAGGCCCGCGAGGCUGCCGACAAGGCUGCCGGCUUGGGUGCGGACGGUGCCAACGCGGCCAAUGGAGCCAACGGUCGUCCAGAGCACCGCCAACGCAGCCGCAGCAAGGGUGGUUAUGAGCAACACGGAAGGAGCGCCAGCCAAGCGCGCAACUAUGGCAACAGCCCCAACCGUCAAGCAAGGCCAGAUGGAAACCGUCGACAGAACGCGGGCCAGCACGGACCGAACCAGGCUCCCACGAUCAAGACGGAAGGCCAGGUGCCUCCGCCGGAUCUUACAGUGACCAGCCCGGGAGACGGCGGCCCUCAGGACAAGAAGAUCCGCGGGUUGCUCAAGAAGAUGCGGGCGAUUGAUGAGCUCAAGAUGAGGCAAGCCGGCGGCGAAAAGCUUGAGGACACUCAGAUCAAGAAGAUUAGUACCGAGGUGCAGAUCAAGAAGGAGUUGGAAGCUCUCGGGUACAGUGGAUAAAUGGGAAAUAAUGUGGAAAAAUAGCGAUGGUAGUGCAAAGUAGAGGGAUGGUGGACGCACCGCAGGCGUGUAGGUAAGUGCGUGGUGCGUACUGCAGUUG